AUGGAGUAUAAUGUACCUUUCAUAUCAGAUCAUGCCUCUAUGCUACUGACAUUAGCUUCUUCUAGAAGUAAUAUCAAGGUACCUUUCAAAUUUUUUAAUGUGCGAGCCAAUCAUGAGGAAUUUCUUAAGAUAGUAGAGGAGAUCUGGCAGCAGUCACAUUCCACAGUCAAGAUGAAGAACAUUUGGGUGAAGCUGAAGUAUCUUAGACCAGUUCUAAAGAGGCUAAAUCAUGAGGAGUGUAAGUUCAUUAAUCAGAAAAUAGAAAAGGCCGGGCAAGAGCUAGUGAUCACUCAAGAGAACAUACACAUGAAGGGUAAUACUAAAUUAUUGGUAAAAGAAAGAGAGUUAAUACAAAACUUAGAGAAAUGGUCCAUGGUUGAAGAAAGUGCUUUGCAGCAGAAGUCCAAGGCUAAUUGGAUUAAGCUAAGGGAUUCCAAUACCAAAUUUUUUUCAUCCCUGAUCAAGGAGAGGACUCAAAGAAAGCAGAUAAUAGAACUUACAUCACUCAACAACAAAAAGCUAUCUGAGCCAAAGGAAAUCAAAGAGGAAAUAGUAAAUUUUUACAAAGUCUUGAUGGGAUCUGCAUCUCAUACAUUACCAGUAGUCAACAAGAUCACUAUGAGGAAAGGACCAACCAUCUUACAUCAGCAAAGAAUAAGAUUAUGCGCAGAGGUAACUGAACAGGAGAUCUAUGAAUGCUUAUCCUCAAUAGGAAAUGAUAAAUCACCAGGUGUGGAUGGAUACUGUCACAACUUCUUUUUACUACCCCCGGAAGGAGAAUAA